CCUAGUCUGGUCUGGGAGACAGAAGCCACCAGACGGGACAGCAGUGUGUCCUGCUCUGCCACACAGGGAAGCUCAGGCGGGGCAAGGGGCUGUCCCUGCCCUUGGUCUAGAAGGAGCUGGCCAGUUGAAGGAAGGGCGUUCCUGGAGAGGGAACAGCACCAGCAAAAGCCAAGGACGGUGUGCCUUGCCUGCAGAAUUCCUUCUCCCAUCUCCAGAUGGGCCAGGAGGCCUGCCCCCAGGGAGCUCUGUGAUCCAGACCCAUUGCCGGGACCUGGCAUCUCUGCCCAUGCAACAAGCCGUGCUCGCCGAGCGGGACCCGAAGGAGCAGGACACGGAGGAGCCAAAGAAAAGGAGAGGGGGUUGGCCCAAGGGCAAGAAAAGGAAACCCCCGAGGGACCUUUCUGUUCCCCGCGCUCCUACGACAGGGUACGUGAUCUUCCUAAACGAGCAGAGAAGCCAGCUGAGGGCCGAGCACCCAGAUCUGCCUUUUACGGAAAUCACAAAGAUGCUGGCCGCCCAGUGGGCUCAGCUGUCUCAAGAGAAAAAGCAGAGGUAUAUUUACGAGGCGGAUGAGGACAAGCAGCGCUACAUCCGCGAGCUGCAGGCCUACCAGAGCUCCGAGGCUUACCGAGCCUUCCUGCGGAGGCGGGCAGCGCACAAGGCGCAGGCGCUGUGCGGGACAGGUGCACCGGGAAGUGGAUGUGAGAGCGAGGGCCUUGACUUCUCAGCAAUUGAUGGGGAUGAGAACAAUGACCUGUACUGUAGGACGUGCAAGCAGUUCUUCAGUUCUCUGCAUAACAAGAAGGAACACCUGCUGGGGAAGCAGCACCUGCAGAACCUCACAGGGGAAUUUGAGAAAGAUUCCGCCGAGUGCUUGAAGCAUCUGGGAACUCUGGAGGAAGAGGAGGGUCAGAAUUUGAGCAAAGGGGACUCAGAGGAGGAAGCCGAGAGCCCUGAUUUACUUCCACUCAGAGGCCUGAGUCCAGAGAACAGUUUCGCUUCCCUCGACUUGUGUUUCCUGCAAGAGUUUAUCUUCAAACUUCUGAAAAUCAAGGAAUUUGAGCUCAGAGAGCUGCAGAAGACUCUAGAAAGAGCUCAGGCAGAGCAGGAGGCCCUGCAGAGGCAGCUGGUGGAAUUGCAGAACCAGCAGCAGAGGCUGGAGGCGGAGCUGGCCGGCCUGAAGGCCUAUGGGGUCCUUCUGGAGAAGGAGUUUGAGAACCUGAACAUGAUGGUGAUGCUGUCCCACUUCGGCCUGCAAGUCAUGGACACGGCAUAAAGCGCCGCCCCACCUCUGCACCAACGGGGACCCCAGGACAUCUCCCAGGAGUGCUGAGGUCAGCUUCCAUGGAGGCAUCUCUUUCAGUGGAGACAGGAUGGAAGAUCUCAGGGCCUUCCAGGACGGACAGGACGGCUCUUCUGAGCGAGGAGAAAUAAAUCGUGUGUGUGUGUUUGCAUUCA